AUGACGUCUUCAGAGUCUAGGCCCCUACAUCAGAGUCAGUCAACGGGAUGGAGCCACGCGCUGCCACUCGAGCUCAGGACGAUGAUUUGGCAAUUCACCCUGCCGACUCACCAGAUGCACCUGUUGAAGGAUUCGCGCCCCAUUCCCGACCGCGUCGGCCAAACGUUGGAGAUUUGCGUUCCGGUACCCGUCGCCUUUCAGGUCUGCAGGGAGUCGCGCCAGGUCGCCGCCAAGCACCUCGACGCGAUUCCGAGGACUGACAACCCCGCCGACACGAGAACGGUGUACUGCGACCUUACGACGGACUCUUUGCUGCUGGACAUGAGGAUGAACUUCGGGCUCUCUCUCUUUCUCGACCAAGUGCCGGCGGCUUGGAAGCCGUUCAAACAGAUCCACGUGUGGGAGUGCGAUUUCUUCGACUGGCAGCCGAAUCCGCGGGACGACGCAGCCGUGUCGCGGGUGACGCGAGAGCUGAAGCGUCUGUUCCAGGCGUUCCCGAACACCCAACGGUUGGUCCCCACGAGGGUUAUGGACCCCGACGGCCGCAUCCACCUGAACGAUCCCGGCUUUCUCUCCUACGCGUUCACGGACAAGCACCUCAUGCGGUAUGUCCACGUCGGAGGGGCUGGAGAGCCACCCUUCCCGGAGCACGUACUCCAUGCGAAGUUCUACAAGAAGUUCUUGUCCAUGGAAGCGGAACACGAAUUCUGGACAACGCAUGUGGCGGGGCUCCCGGGGGGUUAUCCCCGGCCACGAGUGCAUUCGGCUGUGGCGAGGGUUCAGUGCAAGCACCAACUCCCCCCAAGGAAUUAUGAUUGCUACGAGGAAGGCAUCGUGUACGCCAGCGACGAUGAGAGGUUUUUCGAUAAUGACAUCCCCGCGAGACAGAGAUGA